GUCGCAGAUGUUUUUGUAAUUUAUUAUUUUUUCUUCAACAUGUUUCUUAUUAUUUUGAAAUCAUUUGUGUGUUUUGUUGACAGUUGGUGUAAAAGGAAUUACAAUUAAAAAUGUGGAAACUUGUAGAAAUAUCUCAAAAAUCAUAUUUUAUAUACUGUGAUUUUAAUACAAACACACAACAGGUCAUAUUUAUUUUAUAUGAUUUAAAAGAAGCUUGGAGUCAAACGUUGAAAUUAGAGGAUGUUAAACGAAAAGUUAAGCUGCUAAAUAAACGCUUUGACUUUAAUGAGGAUAAUAUUAAAGAAGCCCUCACAAGUGAUGCUCCCCACACUGCUGUCAUAGAAGAUCAGCCGCAGACAAGUGGUAUGCAUGUGGACAGUUGUUUAUUGAAGCUGAAAUGUCGUGUUAAGAAUUGUUUUUUAAAUUAUGAAUGGGACUUGAGGAAACAAACUGUUAAAGAGUUCCAGCAAACAUUUGUCCAACCUCUAUUGAUGGCAAUGUUGGGUUGUCAUCAACAGGUUGAAAUUUUAACAGAGAGUCUACGCAAAAAAGAAUUGGAGUUGCAACAGUAUCGCUUGGAAAAAGGACCUUUAAAUAGAAGUACUCUGACUCCAACCUUGAUUUUCGAUGAUUUUAAUAAAAAUACGAUGACUGCAAUAAAAUUGCUAUUGAUUUUAAAGAAUUGGCAAAAUAUAAAACGUAAAGCUAAAGAGCUAAAACUGCAACAUUUGGAAAAACAUUUAAAAAUACGUAGACAGGGUUUAGAAUACGAAAGUAGUCAAAGUCAAACUCCCAGUACCGGCAAUAGUCAAAGCCCGGAAGAAACUGAAACAAACCCUGUAGAACAACAACACCCAACACUAACCAAAGAAGUAACAGAAACUAAAAGCAAUAAAACUACCACACCACGUAAAAGUACUAGAUGUAUACCCACAAAACAGAAAUGGCAAUAUAUAUCUAGUGAAGAUAAAACAGAUUCCGAAAAUGAUGAUAAUUUGGCAAAACUUAGAGAAAGAAAACUUACAAGAGAUGUGGUUAAUCAAACAAAACCUUGCAAUACAAAUACCUUUAAAGAAGAUAGUAUAAAGAAAUCGGAAAAUAAUAAUGUUAAAGAUACCAAAAAAGCUUCAAAUCUUUCAUACAACAAUUGUCAAGCUAAAUUGGACGAGAAAUCCUCCGAAAGUUCAAAUGUUUUUGACUUUUCAACAGAUACGGAAGAUGAUAAACCUUUAAAGGAAUUAAGAAAAGUAAUAGAAAAUAAAAAAUCUAUGUUGCCAUUAAAAGGCAAUCGUAGUAGUUCGCGUAAUGAAACACCUGUGGUUGAAACAUCAGUAAUUGAAAUAAGUUCACCUGGUAGAAGCAAAAAUCUCAGCCAUUCACCUUCAGUGGUUGUUAUGGAUGAACUAUCCUCACAAUUGAGUAAUAUUAAAAAAGAAUUGGAAAGUUUGGAAGCAAUGCGUCUGGCGGAUUUAAAACAACGUAUGUGUAAAGCUUAACAUAGGUUUUUAAUUGGAUUAAAGGAAAAUUUAAAGAGAUAAUUAUUAAUUAAAUUUUAAAAAAUAUAUAAAUUUAUAGUCUUCUGGUUUAAUUUCUCAGUUAAUUAUGAGUGAUUCUGUAACAGAUUUAAAAUAGUUAUUGCAAUAUUAUUUUUUAUUUUAAAGUUUUUUUAUAAAAAAAAUUUAUUUUAAUUUUGUUACAUUUCUUUUAUAUUAAAAUUUUCUUUAAAACCGAAUAAUAGUUUAUCUUUUGGUUAUAUUAUAAUGCAGAUAAAAAAUUAAUUUUCUAUUUUGUAAAUAUUCUUACAAAUUUGUAAAAUUAUUUUCCGUGUUUCCUAUUUUAAUAUAUUGUAUAAAGCAUGUACUAAAGUGUUCGUUUAUGUAUUUAUAUUUUCUUAAUUUGUUAUUUUGACAAAUGUUAUCAAAGAUUUACAAUAUACUUUGCUGUAUUGAAAUUUAACUUUCUUAAUAGCCAUGUAAAACUUCAUAUGUAUAUGUACCUAUAUUAUUUAGUUUUAAGAUUUUUUAUACUUUGUAUAUAAUAAAUACUAGACUCUGAGCAGUCUAAAAUAAAAA